AUGUCUGCCGAAUUCAACCCUCGUGUGGCGAUCGUCACUGGAGCUGGGCAGGGUAUUGGGCGAGCAAUCGCCCUUAGGUUGGCCGACGACGGCUUGGAUAUCGCCGUUAACGAUAUCGCAAGUAAUUCUGUGAAGCUGGACGAGGUCGUAGGCGAAAUCCAGGCAAAGGGCUGCCGUGCCAUUCCGCUCAUUGCAGAUGUCUCCGUCGAGGCGGAAGUGAAAACCAUGGUUGAGAAAGCCGUCGAAGAAUUAGGCGGGCUUGAUGUAAUGAUAGCCAAUGCAGGCGUUGGGGGCGGAGCCAAACCGCUCACUGAAAUGUCCACGGAGACAUGGGACAUGGUUAUGUCAGUCAAUGUGCGCGGGACCAUGCUCUGUUACAAGUUCGCGGCCCAGCAUAUGAUCAAGCAGGGUCGUGGUGGCAGGAUUAUUGGGGCGUCUUCUGUUCUUGGAAAGAAGGGUGUCGCGAAGACGUCUGCCUAUUCCACGACGAAAUUCGCCAUAAGAGGCCUCACACAAUGUCUUGCGCAGGAGCUUCAACCGUACAACAUCACCGUGAACGCAUACGCGCCAGGCUUGAUUCUCACCCAACUGACGGUGUUUGAAGAAGACAAGUACUUCGGCGGCAACCAUGGAGCAGCGCUGAAACAUCUGUUGGGAGAGCGUCCAGAUGGUCCGGAAGCAACCCCGGAGGUCGUCGCGAGCGUCGUUUCCUACUUGAUCAAGCCGGAGGCCCACUUCAUCACCGGCCAAUCACUCUCCGUUAAUGGCGGCAUUUACAUGGAAUAA